CCUCGAGAGACCAUACGACCUGUCUGUCUGUCUCCUCCUGAUUCCUGCUGCUCGGCAAGAAACAAGAUCUUCACUCCCCUCCUUCUCGUACGAGUGCGCAUACGAAAAAUUUCAAGCGGUGGUGUGGGCGCCGUUGCCUCGCUCAUCUCCAUCUUCGCAGUCCAGUCCAUCCCAAUUGCAACUGUCAAGACCACCCACGACCUCUCUCUUCGGCACAGCUCCCGCUUCCACCACUACCUGAUAAGCACGACCGCCCGCCGCUCCCGCUGUCCCCCGCCGAUGAGCUGCAGCUGCAGGUGCACAUCGGACUCGUGCAUUGACGACGCCCAAGGGCGGCAGCGACACUAGUCCGCACGCGGGUAGCGCUCAAUUGCGGGGAGACGACCCAGCCCGGUCCCUGGCGCCCGCUCUCCAUUGGCGGCCUGACCCGCGUGUCCAGGCACAUCCCCUCGGGCGACGACGUAGGCACUUCCACUUCGGUUUUGCCCUGAGGCACCAACCUGCCUGCCCGCUGGAGCCGAGCGAGCCCCCUCCCGUCCCAGCCGGUGCUGCGUUUGCACCCGCACCCCGAGGCCGUUCCACCUCUGUUUUUUAGGGGCCUUCCAGGCGCGUUCUUAGCGUGCGCCCCACCGUUGCGACUCGACCAGCCAGCGCCGGUGCACCUGAACUCCAGCUGGCCCAACGCCUCCCACGCUGCCAGCCACCACAAGCACCGCACCGUUUCUGAGGUCGGCCCCCCCCCCAGCCUUUCACCUUUUCCCACAAGCACCACCAUCACCAAACCAGCCUGCAUCCGCCUGGCCUGACUUUGGGCCUGCAUCAUCAACCUCGCACCUCGACCUCCUGCAUCCUGCGUUGCGCAAGCAUCGCCCUCAGUACGCGAGCCGGCUUCCGUCGACAAGCCUCGGCCUCGUUUGCUCAGCACGGUCUUGUCGCCUGUCCGUGCUGCUUGGGGGCGCACUCGAACCCGAACCCCCCCCGCCUUUGACACCAUUCACGUCGCAACCCUCGAAACACGACGGCCGAAUCCAGCCGGCAGCAUACCACACACGACCUCGCCUCGGGAACCUCGACAUUUGCUCAUUAGAAACGUCAUAGAGCGUCGCUCAACACUCUCGCACCAGCUGCGCGGGACGGGAAAGCACUUCACUGGCUCAUCUGGCGAUUAUGAGUCCGCCUAACUGACCUCCGUGUCGGUCGCACAUGCAAGCAGCCUCAACUUGGACGGCUGCUUCGUAACUACUCGCGGCCCGCAGCACCACAACCACUGAUACACGACAUCAUGGACACCCUACAACUGAAACCACGCCUGCCAGUGGCGGACGAGAUUGAGAAUUGGGAUGACGACGAUUUCGUGGUCGACGGCGACGAGCUGUCGUUUCGAGGCUCCGUCACCACCACCACAAGCACGAACCAAGCCCCUUCGCGUCGCCGUGACUCCAACUCGUCACACGUCUCACUUCGCUCCGAUCUCGAGUCCUGGUUUGGCGAAGAAAAACAGCUCCACAUCCCCGACGACGAUGAAGCCACAACGCUCGACGCCAUUGCGGCUGCAGAACAUGCCGGCAUUCCUUUGCCCAAGAAUAUCCCCUCGUCGGCACUUAUGGGCGGUACCAUCAAGCGACUGGGUGGGAGGAAGAUUAAGAAGAUUAUUCAGGAGGACUGGGAGAAUGAUCUCGAACUGCCCGAGUCGUCCCAAGGACUGAAGAUAAAGACAAAAGAUGAAUCUGAAUUUCCAGAGUCGCUUAGACAAGUCAGCGCUGGCUCCGUACAAACGAGCCCUGCGAAGCUCAAGACUUUGCCUGGGAUCACCGCAGGUCAGUUCGAGCGCAGAAGCUCAACACAAUCAACCACGAGCGCCUUGUCGGCCGCGCUCAACCUCGACAAAUUCAAGGACACGGACGACGACGACUUCUUUGGCGAUGGCUGCGAGACUAUCAAGGUCUCCAAGAGCCGACCCGCGCCGGAGCCCGUUUCCCUUGUCACACCGCCCACGCCAAGCAAGUCUGCCAACGCUGGCAAGAUGAAGGAUGCGGAGGAUGAUUUCGAAAAUGAUUUUGAGCUGCCUUCAGAUGGAAAACUGAGACUGUCAAGUAGGAAAGACAUCCCCAAGACACCUUCAGGAGGCGAGGAUUUGGAUUGGGGAGAGGGGAGCCUCGGCACCAGGUACGGCGGAACCCGCAGGGACGGACGGUCCAACAGAAGCUCCUCGGCUUCCGCAUUGAGCCCGAGCGUAUCAAGCUCCAUUACGGCUGAGAGCGAGGAUGAGACUUUUGAUGGUCUUGUUCUCCCUGCCGGGCCGGUCAACUUUCGCGAGAGGCUGCAGCACCGCAAGAAGAGCAAGUCUCCAGAGCGGAUCCCCGAGGAACCUGAGCCGUCUCCCAAAAAGACUACGUCGGCGGAGGCGGACCGUCAAGACUUUUUUGACGGGCUCGACAUUGCGGAUGGCAAGGUUUUUGACUCGGGAAAGCUUACGCUUCAUCGCAACAUCAAGAUUAAAGAGUCGGCCCCCGCUAGCCCGGCCCGCCCUAAGACGGCCAUCUCCUUGACCUUUACUAACAAACCAGCAACCCAAACUCGGAUUCCCCGCCUGAGCCACGAGAGGGCACACUCCACGCAGCUCGAGCCCGUCUAUGAGAGCGGUGGCUCCACUUUUGCCCAUAGAGGCCUACGCUCGCAGUCGAGGAUGGGACAUGCUUCGCAGUCAUCCGUCACGAGUCUUCCAACACCCACCACGACAUCGCCCGGUCGUUCGUUCCCUCCCUUGACUCCCCAGCGCCGAGAAGUCGGCACCAGGUCAUCUUUCUCAUCUCUUCGGAACGAGCCGUCCACGACCAGCGCGCAGCUUCUCAAGCAGAAGCGAUCUCUUCCUGCCGUGCGUGCUUUGAAUACUCCUGCCAAACCGUCGACUGGCCGCACCUUUGACCGGCCGCCCUCGAGGACCGACAGCAACCGGCCACAGUCGUCGCUUCGGCCGAAGACGCCGGUCGAACGCCAGCGAGCUGGUAUGACGGACAGUCCCGGCACCCAAUCCAGGAGGACUCAUCUGCCGUUCCUUCCCGCUGGGGCGUCCCAGUCCCAGUCCCAACAUGUCGCGUCUAAGACGCUGCGGCAGUUCCGUCGCCACGAUUCAGACAACGCCAUUGAUAUCCGGCCAUUCUCUCGAUCGUUCUCUCGGUCCGGAGCGCGCUCGCCUAGUCCUCAACGAUAUCGGGUGGCAGCCGACACUUGGGAGCGGUUGAGCAAGCCCAAGAACAAGAAGCACUUUGGUGACGGGCAUGAGCUGGACGGCUUUGACGACCUCCCUACCUCUCGAGAGGCCGAGACACGAUAUCUUAAGCAGCCUAUCGUGGGCACCGCCAAGCCAGCUGCAAGGCCCAGGGGUUACCAGAACAUCCUUCCUGACAGGACAUGCACUCCGGCGCCCCAGACUCCGUUCACGGCCAAGCCAUCGCAGACGCCCCGAUUUGCUCGUGAUACUGCCGCGAGCCGGAUUGCUCGCGAGACGGCACGGGCCCAGCGUGUUCCCAGCAGCGGCCCGCUCGCCCCUGUCACUGCUCAAAGAGAAGCACAACUGGCGACUCGUGGCAAUGCGGGACUCCAUUCCCUUCUCCCCCAACCAACUAUUCGUUCCAAGAAGCGCUCCAAACCACCUCAGCAACUCAAACCCCAUCUCAUCGCCAACCUCAACUCGGGCAAAGAGUCAAAGGUCGUGAAUGGAAUGUUUUACAAUGCCGAGACCUACCGCUGGGAGGGCAAUGAGAACGUCCUGAAUGCCUUUGACAAUGCCCCAGCCUCGACCCCCUCCACUGUCUCUGUUCCCCAGCACAUGAUUAAGGAAAAGGAGGCUGCGACACCCCGUCCCGCAUUGAUCACAAACAUUAGUGCGACAAAGGGAGUUCAGGUCGUGGGCGGCAUGGUGUUCGAUCCAGAACACAUGUGCUGGUUGAAGCUUGGUGCACAAGGUAGUGCCAAGUCGGAGGCGGGCGACACUAUGGAUGGGUUCAACGCUCUAGACGAUGAUGAGGACGUUUUCAAAGACAUCCCUGAUCUGGAGGACAAAUCGGCAGCCGACGACAAAGGAGACGGCCGAUCGACUGACAUCAAAGACGACUGGCUCGUGGGCGAGGAGUUCGAUGUUGGGCCGGAGUUUGUUCGGCGGCAGCGCGAAGAGGAAGACCGUUGGCGCAAGAGGUGCGAGAAAUGGGUUGGCCGCGGACUCCGAGACCGCGAGGUCUGGAGAUGGACCAUCCGCGACCUCGUCUCCCAGUUUGACGAGCUCACAAUGUGAGCUUGGCGAACUGGACUCAACAACACAAUAAAACUUCGCUACGAUGGGGAGGCCGGCCGACUCGGGCUCGGCUCCCUUCCUUCACCUUUUGGCAUCCCCGGCUUCACACACCACCGGGGUGCCGUAUCGUUGUAAUAUGCAUUGGGCGGCUGGGAACUCGAACAGGCUUGGGCGAUAGAAAAAAACACGAAGAGAAACAACCACAACCAACAGACAAGGGCGAUCCAUCUCAGGGGUCGCCCUAGCAUGCAAGGCAGGGUGCGAAUGGGCACUGGGAGGGUUUUCACGACGAGACGAAUGCAAAUGAUGACUGACGACCUCUAGUUACCUCUUUUUCGCAUGGAAAGCAAAAAGACGGGGGGUUCUCGAUGGGGGGCGCGGCUGGCGAGUAUAAUAAUAUUGACAGUUUAUUGCUUUGCUGUGACAUAGCACAAUCUGACAUUGGCUUGGCUUCACC